AUGAGUGCCAUAAUUGUCGAUAUCGAAAAACCGAAAAUUUCAGAAUUAAUAAAAACUCUUGAUUCUGCGCCCAAGCUGGAUGCAUUGCCUCAUGAUAUAAUAGGCAACACCGUUUAUCGAUUAUCGUUAAGUGAAACAACUAAGGGCGACAAACAUAACGCUGCACAACGUUCUCAUGGAAAUACGAAGACAUUAGAAACAUCACAUACAUAUCGUCGAACACUUCCUUCCACUUUAGCAAAAAUCAAAGAAGCAGUAAAAACAACACCAGCACCAGCCGUUUAUAAGUCGAGCAUUGCUGCAGCUGAAAAUAAUCAACCGCGAAAUUUAAAUCAAGUUAAAUACGAAAGGCAUAAACAUGAUUUAGCGCAAAAUUGCGCCAUGGAUAAAAUAGUCUAUGAUCUUAUUGUUCAAAAUUACGGUGUAAAACCAAUGGCACAAUCUAAAAUAUUGGCAUUUUUAGCUGAAGAAGUUAAGGCGGGUGGUGAUAUAAAUAACGCUUAUCCAAAAUGGAAAGGUGACCUUAGGGAAUUUGUCAAAUACGAACAGAAUAACGAAGUUAAACUGAAACUGAUUGUCAAAGCACCACCAACUGAUAAUAAUGAAAAAGAUAAAAAAGAUAAUUUGAAAAAUAAUAAAAAGAAGCCAGGUAUGUUGAGUUAUCGGUAUUUAAAUCACCAUUUUUUUUAUCAUUAUCAUUAUUUUAUGAAGAAUUGAAGGAGCUAUCCAAUGAUAUGGUUGAAAAGCUUCUGAGAGAAACUUUAAGAUCACUAGGGGGUCCCUGAGGGGGACCUUUGCCCUAAAAUUUUUUCGCGAAUUUGAACGACCUGAGAAUACAGUUUUACUCAGAAUUCGACGCUGAUUCCGAAUAUGUAUGACUCAUUGCGUAAUGUUUUGGGCACGAAACCUUACAUUCUGCCACUUGUCCUU